AGGGCGAUUUAAUCUUUUCCCUCCAGAAUAUCAGCGGAGUAUCAGCAAGAUUUUUUUUUGUCUCUCUCUCUUUUUUCAUUGACAACUAUUUAAUGACAUCGCUCUUAGCCAAGCGUUCCUUUUCUUCAGGCAUUCUUUCUCUAUGCAAACAAUUCUCUGCUCUAAGAGUGACACCUACACUCAUUCGUUUUACUCAUACAUCAAAUACAGAACUCACUCCAAAGAAAGACAGCCACCUUGAUUACCUCAAAGAACAAGCGCUCAGUGUACGUAAAGCCAACAAUCUUCGCACACGCUGUCAUUGGACAAAAGAAGAAGAUCAGAGAUUACUUGAUCUCCAUGCCAAGUAUGGAGGCAAAUGGACACUUAUUGCCAGCCAUUUCGUUGAUCGAACGCCCGCUGGCUGUAAAAAGCAUCAUGAAGUUUUGACCAAUGCAGAAUAUUUUGGUCGUUGGGAGAAAUACGAAGUAGACGCACUCAAGAAGGCAUGUAAUGGUAGACUAUAUGAAGAAAUUGAUGACUGGGAAGCCAUUCAAAAGGCUUUACCUCGUCCUCGUCCGCUUUACCUGAUCAAGCUUAAAUGCAGAAUGAGAGAUCCUCGAUACAACUCAGGUCGUUGGACCUCUGAGGAAGCAGACAAUCUGGUCACGUUUGUAGAUAAGUUUGGUGAAGACUGGGACUUGAUCUCAUCCCUGAUGAAAACACGAUCACCUCAACAGUGCUAUGAGCGUUGGAAAUGGCAACAUAAGACACCCACCAAAGGUCGGUUUACAGCUGAAGAAGAUGCCAAGAUUAUAGAAGGUGUCAAAAAGUAUGGACUGAACUUUGGUGUCAUUUGCCAAGCGAUGGGAAGUGAUCGUACACCUCGCCACAUAUCGCAACACUAUCACAACAUGCUUGACCCAGAAAUUGAUAGAUCGCCUUGGACAGUAGAAGAAGAAGAACAGGUUUACAAAACGUGUUUAUCGCUUCAGCAUAAUAUGAAAAAGACAAAAGAGGUAUUAAAUUCAAGACGUUCCAUAAGAGAUAUGUGGAACAAGUUCUUUAUGUAUAAACGAAGAAUGACGGCCAAAGCAAAAAAAGAAGCAUUAGAGAAAAUUGAGCAAGUUCAAGAAAACAAUAAAGAUUAAAACACGAAUGGAAUUACUGCCUUUCGAUUAGGAUAGCUUUUGAAUUCUUUCUUGUACCAUUCAUGUGUCUUGCAAGCACGAGGUAUGA